AUGUCAGAUCAAAUAGAGCAUCAUACUUCGAAGAAAAACUCGUCUUCGAAGUUCAGAAACAAUUCGAAAAAGUUCUCGAACUCGUCGUCGUCCAGUUCCAGUAAUAGCAGCUCAAACGCCGCCUCAGACUUGAAGCAGAAGAUCACGACCCUCACCGACAUUUUCCCAGACUGGACCUACCAGGACUUCAUCGCCAUCAAGGAUGAGAUCGCCAGCGUGGAAAUACAGGAAAUUCUAGAGGGGAUCUUCUCUGGGAAGAUCCAGAAGUGGGACCAGGUCAGUAAUAAAAAGGAGGAGAAGAAGAAGGUCCAGGACGGGGACGAGGCGUCCUCCGUGGCUUCUUCGUCGGCCCCAGCCCAGCCUUUCUCCACCCGUCACGCCGCCUCCUCUGCCCACUGGGAUGACAGCACACCCACGAGCAGCAGCUUCCAACAUACCCCUUCGUCCUCGUAUAACCAGCAGAAUAAAAGGUACCAGAACAAUGCCUCGGCAAACAGCAAAUUCAGAGCAAAACAGAAAGGCCAGCAGCCAUCACAGCAGCAACCACAUAGCAAAAAGCCAACAUCGUCCUCCUCCUCUUCGACAGGAACCGGAACAAGCGUACCUCCUCAGGGCUCUUCUUGGGCAAGUGCCUUGAAAACCGAGCAAAAGGAACAAGACACCACCGGCUCUGAGCAGCAGAGUGACAGCCUGAAAAAAGAUGACGGAACGCCAACUGAACAGAUACAUACCGACAAAGACGUUGAGGCCGAGUCGGCCAAGACCACCACCACCACGGAUACGACCGAACAGACCAACACUGAAGAUUCCAAGUCUGGACCUGCGCUCUCUGCUUCUGCUGCUUCCCCUGCCCCAGCUCCAAAGCUGUCUUGGGCAGCUGCUUUGAAACCAAAGAAACCUGUAAAGAAAGCCGCUCCAAAACCAGAAGUCAAGGAGGUUCAAAAGGAACAAGAAAAGACUGCUGAUGAGUCUUCUGAACAAGUUGCAGAGGAACUUGCCGAAGAAGUCAUUGAAGAAAUAAUCGAAGAAGUCGAAGAAGCCAUCGAGGGUGCUGAAGAAGUUGCUGAGGCAGUUGAGGAAGCUGUUGAGGAAGCCAUCGAAGAAGCCAUCGCAGAAGAAAACGUUGCUGCCGAGGAAUCGAAGGAAGCGCUCGAGAAUGGUGUUAACGAGACCCAAAAGGAAUUAAACUCCCUAAGCUUAAAAGAUAACAACGAGAACAAGCAGGUUAAUGAGCCAUCUGCUGAUGUCUCUUUGAAGCAACAAAACCAAAACCAAAACCAACGUCACCACAACAACUAUAGAAACAACCACAAGAACAACAACAACAACAACAACAACAACAACAACAACAAACUUUACGACAACAACAACAACAACAACAACAACAACACUAACAAUGUCAACAAUGGUAACUACGGUCUUGACUUGAAUAACUAUUUGAGAAACACUCAAGCACAGUACGACCCAUCUCAACUACAACAAUCUCAAAACCCAUACAUGUACAACCAACAAUAUAUUGACCAAAUGAAUGCCCAAAGCCACUUUGCGUCCUCAAACGUUAAUCCUGUCUCUGCAGCAUCAACUGACAUUAACGUCGCUGCUUCUCCAGCUGCCACUUCUAUUUUGCCAAACAUGGCCAACCCUGCCGGUGCAAUGGGCAAUGUUUCUCCAAUGAUUGGCGUUCCUCAGUUUUUCCCUCCUUACUACUACUACAUGGUUCAACAACCACAAACUGGUUUUAUGGGCUACCCAUCCAACCAACCUCAACAACAACAACAACAACAACAACAACAGCAACAACAACAGCAACAACAACAAUCAUUUGGCGCUAACUCUUUCCAAAACAAUAAGAUCUACAGUCAAUAUGGACAAAACAACUUCCAACAAUCUCAACCUAACCAAGAUCCACAACCAGCCAACCCAGCUGCUGCUUCUACUGCUGUCACUGGUACUGCAAACCCUGAGAAGGAUGCAUCCCAACAAGGCGCUCAACAAUCUCAGCAAGUCCAAGGUCAACCAGGUGCAGCACAGACACAAGCCCAAGCCCAAGUCCAAGCUUCCAACCCAUAUGCUCAAUACAACCAGUAUGCUCAGUAUGGCCAAUACGGUCAAUACGGCCAAUACGGUGGUCAAUACGGUGGUGGCCAAUUCAACGGCUUCGGUAACACCAACUCCUCCACUGGUUUCGGCGGCUUCACUGGCGGCUCCAACGUUAACGGUAUGGGUGGCAUGAAUGCUGCUGCUGGUGCUUCUGCUGCUGCUGGUGCUCCAACAGGUAUGUCUGGCGUCAACGGUAUCCCAGGUAUGUCUGGUAUGAACACCAACAUGGCUGGAAUGAAUGGUAUGGCUGCAGGUAACAUGCAAAACUUCAACUACAAUCAAUAUCAGAGUGGUUCAAGCGGUAAUGAAGCAGUUGAAAACAGCCGAAAACAGAAAACACAAGCUGAGUCUGAAAUUGCACUAGGUACAAAGUUUCAGAUCCGGGUUUUUUACGAUUCUGUGAUCAAAGUCAAACCAAGACUAUAUAUGAACAUAUUAAGGACAAGCAUUGGUUCGAUUCACGUACGGAAAAACAUACUUUCUGCUGUAUUGAAACACAGCACAAAUUCAAAGAGAGCAAUAAUGUCGGCGGUUAGGGAUGAAACGUUGAGCAGCAUUCCAAUUCAGGAGGAGGUGAGGUUGGACGUAGAACAACAAGCAGUUGAGCCAAACAAGAAAAUCAUGAAUCCAAGAAGCAAUGCUGCAAAACGAAAGAGACCAUCACACAGGAAGCCACCGAAGUCUAAUUUUGAUUCAACUAGCCCAUUGGGAGUCAUGACUGAAUUCGAGAUUCCAAAUAUGUUGAAGAAACACCACGACAAAGUGUGUCAGAUUCUAGGGGUCGAGGACCCACAAUCAAUGGAACCUUUGACCAUCAAAGACGUGAUGAAUCCUGUUCGAGACCUCAUCAAUGAUGCUGGUGUGUUAGAUGCUUUCAAUUGGAGGGAGCUGAAGAAUGUGCAAGUGUUAUGCAUGAGUGCGAAGGGUGACGGGUUAGCGAUCAUCAAGGCGCCAACUAUGGAAACUAUUCUCCAAUGUCAACAGGCGGCACAUGAGAGAGAGAAAAAAGAGAUUGAAAAGUACAAGGCUGAGCAGCAAGAACUGGCUGCAAAGGCUGCUGAGGAAGAUCCAGAAGAUAAGGCUGAGCAGACGGAGACGGUCAGUGACAGUCAAGAGAAUUCUAAAAAGAGACCACGUAGAGCACCUAGUGAGGAGCCAUACCGGAGAACUGUGCAUGCUGAGAAUCUCCCAAAAGUGCAAAUUGCAAUAGUGCCUUUUGCCUUUCCUGGAGACUUUGUGAACAUCAGAGUCUACCAUACAAACGCACAUUAUGUCGAUGCCGAGGUGGUUGGAUUCACACAUCUUUCUCCGCUUAGAGACGAGAACCAAAGGAACUGUUCAGAGCAGCCGAAUGUUGAUGCUGCAAAGACGACGAUCAUUGACAGCACUGCAUUGGUGAAGCCAAAGGAGUCUCCAUGUGCAUAUUUCGGUAUAUGCAGCGGGUGCCAAUACCAAUCGCUUUCGUACGAGAACCAACUUAUUAUCAAAAAAGAAGUAGUUGAGAAUGCUUACAAGCAUUUUUGCAAAGACGAAGUGGACUGGUCUGGGAAGGUCAUGGACACAGUUGCGAGUCCACUUAAAUACGGGUACCGUACAAAGCUCACGCCGCACUACGACAUUCCCCGGAGCGGGACGAAUGGUUUGGACGUGCCUCGACUAGGGUUUGGCUGGCGUGGCAAGGGUGCCUGGUUGAACAUCAAGAAAGAUGGGCCUUACGGAGAGGGGAAGAAUGAGGGAGUUGUGUAUGACAACAGCUCGCUAGUGUUGGAGCAUCCGGACUCAGAGAAGGGCAACAUGCGCCAGCGGUCGAUCAGACCGUAUUUUGGCGACGUGUUGGACAUCGAAGACUGUAUCAUUGGGACAGACAUUGUGCGGCUCGGAAUGGUGAACGAGCGGUCCCGACUUAAGCGGGACUGGAAUGCCGGGGUGAAGAGCAAGAAGGGGGUCACCGUGUUGCUUCGGGAAAACAGCGUGAUUAACCACGACGAGGACAGUUCCGAGCGGUUGUUUGGCUCGAGAGAGGUUUCUGCUGACGGGAUAGAGGGUCCAGUCACAAAGCUCGAGGUGGAGGUGCCCGGCGUCGAGGACGGGGUGACCAAGACGUGUGUUACGGAGAACCAGAAGGUUGUGAGCGAUCUUGUGGACACGGGUCUAGGGCGGGUACUUCGGUUCGACUUCAUUGCGAACGAGUUCUUCCAGAACAACAACUCGAUCUUGCCCCUUGUGAUCAAGUACGUAAGAGACAACUUGGGUGACGAGAUGCGGUAUCUUGUGGACGCGUACUGCGGCUCGGGGUUGUUCAGUGUGGCGAUAGCGUCUGCGGCGGAGAACAAUGUGGACAAGGUACUCGGGGUGGAGAUCAGCGAGCGGGCGGUUGAGUUUGCCAAGAAGAAUGCGGCGUUGAACGAGAUCAGCACGGAGCGGUGUGACUUCAUCCAAGGGAAGGCGGAGAAGCUGUUCGAGCACAUUGCGUUCCCAAAGGAGCAGACGGGGGUCAUCCUCGACCCGCCCCGCAAGGGCUGCGACGGGGUGUUUCUCAACCAGUUGAGCGAGUUCGAGCCGUUGCGGAUCGUGUACGUGUCGUGCAACGUGCACUCGCAGGCCCGGGACGUGAAGUUCUUCCUCAACGAGACGGCGAACGGGGCCAAGUACGAGCUCGAGAGCAUCCGGGGGUUCGACUUCUUCCCACAGACACACCACGUGGAGAGCGUGGCGGUGUUGGUGAAGAGGCCGGAGCCGGCGAAGAAGCCGGAGCCGGCGCCAGCGCUGUAG